AUGAAGACUGCCACCUACGAAUUUGUACGUCGUGCCAUUGCGUCAAAGGAAGACCACACCGUCUUGAAUGAGGCCAGCAAGGAGCCCCACUCCGUUGUCAUUGCCCUUCGAGAAACCAAACCAAGGAAUCAGCCAUCAAGAAGACCAACGACGGCCAUCUGCUCGUUCCAGGAGCGACAAUUGAUGGAAGACCCUCCAGCCCUGAUCCUUAGUCCAUCAUCGGAUCGAACACCUGGUCGACCCUAA